AUGGGAGCGGGGGAUGUUAGCGGUCGGGGUGGGGCCGUGUUGCUACAGCAGCGGCAGCCGGAGCCGGCGCGGGAGCGCGCCAUGGAGGAGCUGGAAGAAAAUGAUAUUAUAGUACCAGCUGGAGAACUAUCACCAUGCAAGAUUUGUGGAAGGACAUUCUUUCCAGCAGCACUGAAAAAGCAUACACCUAUUUGCCAAAAAACUGCUACUAAGAGAAGGAAGACAUUUGAUUCCAGCAGACAGAGAGCAGAAGGAACUGAUAUUUCCACAGUAAAACCUCUAAAGCCCCGGCCAGAACCCCCCAAAAAACAGUCCAACUGGAGACGAAAGCAUGAGGAGUUUAUAGCAACUAUACGAGCAGCCAAAGGACUAGAUCAAACUCUCAAAGAGGGUGGAAAACUUCCUCCCCCUCCUCCACCUUCAUAUGAUCCAGAUUACAUUCAAUGCCCAUAUUGCCAGAGACGAUUUAAUGAAAAUGCAGCUGACAGGCACAUCAAUUUCUGCAAGGAACAGGCAGCACGUAUUAGUAAUAAAGGAAAAUUGGCUGCUGAUGCAAAAGGGAAGCUGCCUGCUCGAACACAGUACAAGCCUGCUACAGUUAAAAAGGCACCUUCUGCAGGAUCAACACCAUCCUCAUCACGCUUACCACAGCCAAGUAAUGUUAGCAAAACUGUUGUAGGUACACCUACGAGUAAAGUGUUAUCUACAGGUGGGCCUUCUGGAAGCAAAAUUCAGACCUUAUCUCCAGCUCAUAAAAAUUCAGUGAGCAUGACAAGCCCACAAGCAGGUAAGACGGACAAGUUAGGCCCACCACUGCGAACUGGAAGAGAUGUGCAAAGAUUGUAUGACAGUGAUACAAAAGCAGACAGUACCGUCAAAAGACCAAAUGAGUUGUUGCCCAUUAACAAACCCACUGUGAAAACUCGAAUAUCAACCCCUCCAAGUAUGGCAAAAAACGCGGGCACAGGUGCUCUAGCAAACAAAAGGAAAAUCUAUAAUGCAGAAAGUUACUCAAGCAGGUCUGAUGGUAAAAUUGGGUAUGAUAGUGGAGACUACUCAUCCUCAGUCAAUGGAGGAAGUACAAAAAGCAGCGAUGAAAAUUCACCUGUACAGUUAUCAAAAUUUUGCCAUGAAUGUGGAACCAGAUACCCAGUGGAAUGGGCAAAGUUCUGCUGUGAAUGUGGAAUUCGAAGAAUGGUUGUGUGA